CUCCGAAAUUUGGGAGACGGGGGCAGGGAUGGAGAUGGCCUCGCCCCGCCCCGUUGCCAUCCCUAACCUUCCUGCUGUCAAUUCUAAUUCUUCAUGGUGGGUAGAUUCUUGCUUCAAUGCUCAUGUCACUACCGACUCAAGUCAGUUCACCAAUGCUACUAAUGCUACUGAAUAUUCUGGGGAAGAUCAUAUUAGUGUAGGGAGUGGUCAAUCUCUUCCAAUCUCUCACAGGUUAUGGCAGGAGAUAGUGUUGACAAGCGUUCUACAUCUGGGUUUGUUGUAUUUCUUGGAUCUAAUCUGGUUUCUUAGGGAUCUAAGAAACAAACAACGGUGUCCAGAAGUUCUACUGAGGCUGAGUAUUGUUCACUUGCUUCUACAGCUGCUGAAUUGUUUUGGCUUCGUCAACUAAUUAAAGAUCUUCAUGUUUUUAGUACUAAACCCCCCUUGUUAUGGUGUGAUAACAUAUCUGCCAUCCAAUUGGCUUGGAAUCAUGUUUUUCAUGGCAGAACAAAAUAUGUCGAGGUUGACUUUCACUUUAUUCUAGAACGUGUUGUUCGGCACGAUAUUAUUCUUCAGUUUUUUCCAACAACUCAUCGACUUGUUGACUUGUUUACUAAAUCACACACCAGUGAUCGUUUGCACUUCUUUUGGUCCAAACUUCUGCUUCAGCCAACAUCUAUUUGAAGGGGGAUAAUAGUGCAAUAUCUGUUUGUAUUAUUAAAACUACUUCUUGUUAAAUAGUGUAACAAGUAUUCGUUAGCAGAAUAACCAUUUAUGGUUAUAUAGUUUAUUAUUAUCAAAUAUGUAACCUAUAAAUAGUCCUGUAUGAUUAUUUUAUUAAUCAAGAAGCACACUUUAUUUCUC